AUGGACAGUUUCGGGUUCGUCUGGGUGCAAGUGGGCCUCAGUGCGGACCGGUGUGGACUUGUCUGGGUGCAAGUGGGCCUCAGUACAAGUGGUGAGGAUCUCCAGUGUUGCGGCCUUGCGAGGUCGGGUUUUUGUGGUCUUUGUGACGUUUGGUUGGGAUUCGAGGUCGAAUCCAGUUUAGUGGGGGAGAGUUGUAACAUCCGUAGCCUUCUCUGAUCCAUCUCAGACCCAAUGGGCUACCCUCCAAUCUUCGGUGUCUCAGUUCGUCAUAGAUCAGCUCCACAACAAGCCGUCUCCGCUGCUCCUCCGACUCGGCCUCAGUCGAAACUCCCACCGUCUCCGUUCCAUUGGCGAUUACCUCUUCUGAUUUAG